AUGUCAUCCUCCUCGUCCAACGUCGUCGGUGUCCACUACCGAGUAGGGAAGAAGAUCGGUGAAGGAUCGUUCGGUGUGAUCUUCGAGGGUACGAAUUUGUUGAACAAUCAGCAGGUGGCGAUCAAAUUCGAACCUCGCAAGAGUGAUGCACCACAGCUUCGCGAUGAAUACCGGACAUAUAAGAUUCUGGUCGGAUGCCCUGGCAUCCCCAAUGUCUACUACUUCGGGCAAGAGGGUCUUCACAACAUCCUGGUUAUCGACCUGCUCGGUCCCAGUUUGGAAGACCUCUUCGAUCAUUGCAACCGACGUUUCUCAAUCAAGACUGUUGUCAUGGUCGCUAAGCAGAUGCUUUCACGAGUCCAAACGAUCCACGAGAAGAACCUAAUCUACCGUGAUAUCAAGCCCGAUAACUUCCUCAUUGGUCGCCCGAACACUAAGGCUGCUAAUGUAAUCCACGUUGUUGAUUUCGGUAUGGCCAAGCAGUAUAGAGACCCCAAGACGAAGCAGCAUAUUCCCUACCGCGAACGGAAGUCGCUGUCCGGCACAGCCCGUUACAUGAGCAUCAACACCCACUUGGGACGUGAACAAUCGCGACGUGAUGACCUCGAAGCUUUGGGCCACGUCUUCCUGUACUUCCUCAGAGGUGGCCUCCCCUGGCAGGGUCUCAAGGCCGCCACCAACAAGCAGAAGUAUGAGAAGAUUGGCGAGAAGAAGCAGACCACCGCAAUCAAGGAUCUUUGCGAUGGAUUCCCAGAAGAAUUCACCAAGUACCUCACUUAUGUGCGCAACCUCGGCUUCGAGGAUACCCCUGACUACGAUUACCUCCGGGACCUCUUGACACAGGCUCUCAAGAAUGCCGGAGAAGUCGAAGAUGGCGAAUAUGACUGGAUGAAGCUCAACAAUGGAAGAGGAUGGGAGUACAAGUCCUACUCGUCUCAACAGCACCUCCACAACAACGCUCUUCCCAACACCUCUGCCCGCGAGCUACACGCACAGCAGCUCCGCGGCAGCCGGCCCGGAGUGACUGCCGACCGUUUAAACGCCGCUCAGCCCCCGCCUCCGUCUCCGGCCAAGCCCGGAGCUGGCAAGACACGCGACCGGCCAAGCGUCUCAGGCGGCAUGCCGCCGAAGCGCCAAAGCGGGGGCCUGGAUGCCACGCCGACAGCAUCGACUCAAGCACAGUUUCAGAACUCGAAUGCCAACAUUCCGGGACGCCUGGACAGCCCUGCGAACCCGACGAAGAACAGCCAACAAGGCCAGGGCGCUCAGGGAAACAAUGAGCCGCAGCCUACGUUUGUCCAGAAGCUGAUGAAGGCGCUUUGCUGCGGUAGGUGA